AUUUCAAAUUGGGCAAAAAAACGCCAUGCAUAUCUCUGCAGAAAACGAAGUUGAGUGCAAUAGUUUUUAAAGCGGUAACGCCUUAACAUUGCAACACUAUCUUCGUCACACACACUUGAUCUCUACGAACAUAUAUAAGGAUAUACUUGAUCGAGGGAACAACUCCGAGGCACAGCUAAAAGAAAUCAGAACUGAACACAUGGCAAUGUCAAGAUCCAAAGAACCAACAGAUUUCAUCGAGCCAGAUGGGAAGGAAUUGCGACGGCUCAUGUGGAAGAUAGAUUUGCGAAUCGUGCCACUUGUGUCGCUCAUGUACCUUUGUUCUUUUUUAGAUCGGAUAAAUAUUGGAAAUGCCAAGUUAGCAGGCCUAAUGGACGACAUGAGUAUAACGAAUUCAGAGUACCAUUGGGCACUUUCCAUAUUCUUCGUUGGCUACCUCAUAUUUGAAGUACCUUCCAAUCUUAUGCUCAAAUUCGCUGGCCCUCGAUUAUGGUUAUCCAUCAUUUUACUCGUAUGGGGAGUCAUCAUGGCGAGCAUGGCCACUUGUCGCACGGGUGCAGGAUUGAUAGCUGCAAGAUUCUUCCUAGGGGUCGCUGAGAGUGGUCUAUUCCCAGGAAUUAUUUUCUAUUUAUCUGUGUGGUACACAAAAAGACAGUUGGCCUUGCGAAUCGCAGUGUUUUAUGGAAGCUCUACUUUAGCCGGUGCAUUUGGAGGAAUCAUUGCUUAUGGGAUUGUUCAGAUGCAUGGCAUUGGCGGUUUAAGCGGCUGGCAAUGGAUCUUUAUCAUCGAAGCUAUUCCAACAUUGGUACUUGGUGCGCUCACUUAUGUUGUGCUACCCAAUUUUCCAGAAAACACAACAUUUUUAAACGAGCGAGAGCGUGCGAUCAUUGCCGACCAGAAAAAGAGAGAUGCUGGUGUCGCAGCUGAUGCAACGAAUUUUACGUGGAAACAAGUUGGUUCGACCAUGAUUGAUUGGAAGGUUUACGCCUUUUCUUUGAUAUUUUUUUGUGGAGCACUUUUGAUGUACAGCCUAAGCAUGUUUAUGCCAAGUAUUGUCCACGGCAUGGGAUAUACAUCCUUGACGGCUCAGGCGAUGAGUAGCCCACCAUAUGCCUUCGCAUUCGUUUGGUGCUUAUUUGUAGCAUGGCAUGCUGAUCGACAAGGCGAGCGUGGAUUUCACAUGGCGUGUUCAAUCACUUUAUCAAUUAUUGGAUACACAAUUCUUAUUACUUUAAGAGACAAAAGCCCAUUGAUAUUGUACAUCGGUACUAUUUUCACAGCCAUGGGUGUAUUCAGCAUCAGUCCACUGAAAACAGCCUGGCUUUCAAAUAAUGUCGUUGGCCAUACUCGACGUAGCACCGCCAUUGCAUUAUCAACGACUUUGGGGAACAUAGGUGGAGCAAUAGGUGGCCAGUUGUAUAGAGCAGACGAUGCACCGCGAUAUGUAAAAGGCAACACAGCUUGUUUAGCCAUUAGUUGCUGUCUCGUUGUUCUACCGAUCACAAUCAAGUACAUUUUUUACAAGAUCAAUAAGAAGCGCGACAACAUGGCGCCUGAGAAGCUUAGGGCUAUAUGUGAAAACAGCGAAGAUCUCGGUGAAAAGCAUCCUGGCUUCCGAUAUACCCUUUAAAAUGCUUUUUAUAUGUAUGCAAAUUUGUGCCACUAUAACACUGAUGAUCUUGGCAAAUUAUCAUUUUGAUAUGUUGUAGCUUAUCAUAUAGAAAGUAUAGAGGAUAUUUUUUAUCAUGCAAUCAAAUAAAAACGACAGAAAAUAUAAUCUGUUGGCAG